UUAAUUAAGAUGGACAGAGAAGGAAUUUUGGUAGUGGUUGUGUCCCUUGUGGUUUUGGGAUUGAGCUUGCGAGAAGCCUCCGUCGUCUCGGCGGCGGUGACGCCGCAGCCGGCGGCGAACGGCAAGACUACUCUGGUGCGGCAGUACUACAAGAAGCUGAAUACAUGUAAAAAUGCGGAGGCAUUUGUGAAGCAGCAAGUGGAAAUGAUGUGGAAAAGGGAUAAGAGCCUUACUGCCAAGCUGCUUAAGUUGCUCUAUGCGGAUUGUAUGGUUAAUGGCUGUGAUGGAUCAAUUUUGCUAAAUGGUGCAAACUCAGAGAGGAAUGCCAUACAAAAUAUUGGGCUUAGAGGUUACGAAGCAAUUAACACAAUAAAAAGAAUGCUUGAAAUUCGAUGUCGUGGAGUAGUGUCUUGCUCUGACAUUUUAGUAAUAGCCACUCGAGAUGCCGUUGCUCUGGCAGGUGGACCAUCUUACCCGGUACUCUUGGGGAGAAGGGAUGGAAGAGAAUCAAAGGCAUCCUGGAUUGAUUACCCUUCGCCUUCCAUCACUUGGGAAGAAGGGCUGGCUUAUUUCGAAUCCAAAGGUUUAAAUGUUCAGGAUUUCGUUACAUUAAUGGGGGCGCAUACAAUGGGAAAAACGCAUUGCAGAUACAUCCUUGACCGCCUCUACAACUACAAAAACACUUCCAAACCUGAUCCAACCAUGAGUUUAAGCCUCCUCAAGAGCUUAAGAAAACUUUGCCCACCAAAGACACAAAAGGGCCAGCACGAUCCCCUUGUGUAUCUAACACCCGAGGGACACCCCGAGAAUUACAAGUUUACCAACACCUAUUAUUCUAGAAUUCUCAAAAAUCAAUCUGUUCUCACAAUUGAUCAACAACUACUCUAUGGAGCUGACACCAACGAACUAGUCAAUGAAUACGCUGCAGGUUUUGGAGAUUUCAAAUUUGGAUUUGCAUUAUCGAUGAAUAGAAUGACAAGUCUCAAAGUUUUAACAGGAACUCAAGGGGAAAUAAGGCGAGAAUGCAGCCGUACAAAUUAAACCAAUUUAAUGUAAUCGCUAUAUAAGAUGGGAUAUGUUUACCCAUAGAAAGGCAAGUGGAAGCAUGAUUGAUGUGAGAAUCAAUGGUUGUUUGUGAAUCAAUGUUGUACUUACAAUUUCGUUAAAUAAAUAAAUUCAAUUUGAAUU